CACUGCGCGUAUCUCCGCCCUCUGCUGGACAAAACCCAGACCAGCUCUCCCUCAGUCAGUCCAACACCUCCGGAUCUGACCAGUGCUCUCGACCACUCUUCCCACCUUGGCACAGUCAUCCCAAACCGCAUCUUUGUAGGAGGGAUUGAUCUCAAAACUAACGAGAAUGAUCUCAGGCGUUUUUUCUCCCACUAUGGGACAGUUAAGGAAGUGAAGAUUGUUAUUGAUCGUGCUGGAGUGUCAAAGGGGUACGGCUUUGUCACCUUUGAGACUCCAGAGGAUGCACAGAAAAUUCUGCAUGAUGCCAGUGCUGGUAGGUUGUAUUUUCAAGAUAAGAGGCUAAACGUCGGACAGGCCGUUCGCAAGCAGCAAGUAGCCAUGCACUGCGAUUACACCAUGGCGAGUCCCAGCCCUCCUCUGGCUCUCCCAGUACCACUUGGCACCAUGUACCUGACCACGCCUACUGGAUAUCCCUACACCUACCACAAUGGAGUGGCCUACUUCCACAACCCAGAGCUAAAUACACACCCAUCACACUGGCCCGCUUCCCACAAGGUACCUGGAUCUCCGGUCAUGGUGGCUCACUCUGCUCCUCCUUUUUAUACUCCACAAGCCUGCCCCCAACACCAGGGUCCUUCCCAGUGCGUAAACGGACACGUCCCAUGGGCUUUUCCUCAGGUAGAGACCUCUGUCCCUUCAAACCCAAGUCCUUUGCAAUAUGUCCAGCCUGCUGAGUUGAUGUAUCACCCAGUGGAGCCGAUUGAAAAUGGGUGUUUUCAGUCAGCCGUGAUGGAAGGUGGUGUUCCUGAGGCAUAUAUGGAUCACAUGGUGCAGCCACCAUAUCAGAUUUGUUUGCAGAGUCCACUGAUUCUGCCUCAGGCUGACAGAGUGAAGGAGCCAAAGUUCCAGCCAGUGAGACGAGGUUUCUCUCACACUGCCGUCCACCUGAGACCCAGGUACAGCCGCGGCCCUCAUUACGCUCACCCGCGUAAAGACUACCGGCCUGAUCUUCACACCACGCCUCCUGCGGCAUCCUCACCUGCACAGGAUGUGCUGAAAUAGAAGGGAAUGGUCUGCUUCUUCACAUCACAGAUUGAUACACACCAGUUAAGCCAGCUUACUGUAACACCAACACACUCGACCAGACGUAAACGCCAGCCAUCGUCAAAACUAAACCUAACCUAGCCACAUAAAAAGGAAGCCAAGAACAAACAAAACUGAAAUACACUUAUAGUAAGCUUUAAACUAAACCUGAAUACUGAAAAGCCUUAAAACAGAAAGAAUAUCGACCAAGCCAACAAACAUUAUCUUACCUAUACAAAGCAAGCCUACACAAAAUCUACUCCUAUGUCUGAAGGACUUCAAACAAGUUUUAUAUUAAAAACACAAAUAAUUUUGAUUAUACCAACCCAUCACCACAUCUAAAACUAAACGUCGUGUUUAUAGUCUAAACAAAUAGACUAUAAUCUCAGCUCUCAUUAGGACAUAACUGGAGUGAACUAAACUUUACAUAACAAAGUGAACAAGCGCAAGUGGAAAUAACCCUAAACGUAUUUCCAUCGUGAUAUCUUUGAUAAGUGAGCAUCCGAUUAUUGCUCCAGAGUCUUUUUGUUCCCGUCUUUACCUCUUGAAAGAAAGUGAAAAGUUUAUCAUUUUAAAGGAGGCUUGUUUGGAAGUAUGUUGAUUCAUCCAAAGAUAUGUGGAUAUAAAUCCAGAUGACAGUCAGUGUUUUUGUAUCCAAGAUUUGUAAUUGUACUGUACAUUCUGAUUAUCAUGGCGAUGAUGAAUCUUCACUCUGGCAUAACAGUCAAGAAUUUAGAAAAUGCCCAGAAAACAAACAUUUAAAAAGAAAAAGCUUUCGAUAUGCCGCACCAUUCAUUCAAGAUUUAGUUACCAUGGAUACGAUCAUAUUGUCAGCUCAGUCAGCUGCAAGUUCUUAAGGAUCAUUUUAAUGCCCUAAAACAACAAACAUGAAGCCAAAUACAGAUCAUCUGGACGACACGGUAUCACUACAUGCCUUACGUUAAAUCUAUUGGACAUUUAAUACAUGCCUUUAUACUUUUAUAACCAAAAGAAUGACGUCCAUACGCUCACUAUGUACUACAGUUUUUAUCAACUCUCUCAACACAAAGAUACACAGCUCUCAUUCAUGUGCAGUAUAACACUGUCAUGGUGCUCCUAUGAUCAGCUUAUUCAACCAGCCACAAUUAUUUAUUUAUUUAAACAUAUCUAUAUCAGUAUAUCUGUAGUAUGUCUGUGUUCACUCAUAGUUUUAUGAGAAGCUCACUCAUUUUCCCCCACAACCUGAUUCUUCUCCACACAAGUGUUUAUUUGGCUUGAAGUUGUGUUUCUGUAUAUAGUUAUAAUAUAUAUGUAUGUGUGUGUGUGUGUGU